AUGAUGGCUUCUUCCACAAAAAUGGUUUUAAAAAAGAUUGGAAUACGAUUCAAGGGUCCUGCAUUGAUCGUGAUUUACGAAACGCCCAGUGGGAAGCUGCACCAAAGGACGAUGCCGAUUCGUGACAUGUCCAAGAACUCAAACGUCCGAAACGUCGCCGAAUCCCUUCGCGACCGGCACGCUGCGAUCUUCGGGAGUGCGUCGCUGGUGCAAGUGGAAAAAAUGCUGCGUCUCGCUCAGGAGAGCAUGAAGGGUAAAUCUCUGGACGAGUGCUUAGAAAUCGUCGCGAAAGAGUUCACCCUCAACCCCGAAGAAGAUCUCAACAAAGUGGACGACGACACGCUUCAGAGGAAAAAGGACCUCAUGAACCUCACCUUCGAAAAGAACUGCAAGAAACCCGGAGAUCCCGACUUCAAGUACGACGUCGAAGAGGAUUUUGACUUGGAAGGUGCCAUUGAGACGUCUGGAUGGGAUUCAGAAAAGGACGACGACUUUGGGUUCUGAGUCCUACACCCGUUCUCGUCAUAUGUCGCAGACAUCUGAUGUAAGGUUGUGGUGCUGCCGGCACGUGAAAAGGCACAAAACCCAAAGCGUGAAAGGUAAGACGUGCAAAAAAGAAGAGGAAAGGAAGCAGGCGACGUUUCGGGCGCAUCGUUCGCUUCCUUUGCGCGUCUUAUCUUUCACGCUUUUAGUUUUGUGCCUAUUUGAUGUAAGGUGUGCUUGGAUCGAUCAAUCGGACGAACCCAAGCCCUACGCGCCUCCUAUUGCUCCUAGUUGACCUGAAACCUUCUCACGGUAACUGAAUUCUUUCAUAUACCAAGGUUGGGAGUUUUGAGCAUUUUGAUUCUGCCAGUGGCUCCCUUACCAAAGUAGGGACAUUGUGUGGAUGUCUUGGGCCUUUGAAAGCAUGCCAAUCUUUGCAUAAGCACCUCUGCUCCGCUCCCCCCACCCCAGUUCGGAAGAAGCUAAUAACUUCUACUGGCCAUACGGGUCUAUGGCAUUGUGCGGUGUCCGCAAAAUGUUUUAUCAGAUGUAGUUUUUCAACUGCACAACUGGCCGUUCGUGGAUCCGAAUGUUGUCCAUUUCAGUCAACAAGAAUGGGAGAAACUGGCCUUGCCAAGCCUUGACUCUCAUCCUUAAACUGUUUGGUAUAUCCUUUGUGGUCACUCUAGUCGGUUACAAGUCAAGAAGAUAGUAGAAGCUCCUCCCACAAGCGUGAUGCGCCCGGUUCAAAUUCAUCUGUAGUAGAGAGAAUAGUUCACUGGAAACGACCCUUGUUCCGCAUCAAUGAAUAGAUAUUGGCUACAGAAUGAUGCCAACUUGUCUACAACCCCCACUCUUAAAGAAAGCGACCUUUGUAUUCAUUGGAGAAGGAACCGAGCUCCUGAAAGUGGGCUUUGUAUCCAUCGGAGGGGGAACCUAACCCCCCAAAGUCGUAUUUGUUUCCAUCGAAGGGGGGAAACUCUAACCUUCCUCUCGUGGCCUCCACAACGCUAAGUCAAAGUCGAAAGAUAAGGCAAAUAUUUACAGGAAGGCAAAACCCUCUCCCGCAUUGGUCACAACGUCACAAAAACGAUGGGACGCUAUUGGAUGCGGUGGUGGCAGAGGGAUGUAUGAAUCCCUUUGAGGGCCAUUUGCCGCUACCUUCUUGACCUGUAACUUACUAUAGCUAGAGUAACUGUAUAGGCUCUGCUUGCAGAGCCCCGCAAGCGGAGCAUAUACAGUUACUCUAACUAUAGCCACCUCUUGCUGGUCGAAUUUUGAGCUUAUGUUUCUUGUAUUAACACUGCCUGACCACCAGUGGUGUGGCUGCUAACUCUCUUCUCAUAUAGAUGCAGUAGAUAAAUCCUUGGAGCUAUGGUGAUAAUUAUGUACCUGUAACUAAUCUAGUUAUUUAUUUAUUUAUGUAUUUAAAGUGCCUCGCAGCAGCUGUUGCAUUUUGAUUUUCGUGUUAAUACAUCUUAAACCAUUCUGUCGCUGUGAAAAAUCAGUUAAGAUUAUAUUUCUGAGAAGGUAUUUUCAUUUCUCAUUGUGGGUAAACGCAAAGGAUAUCUGUGGGACACCUUGCACUAAUUUAGAGAAUUCUGCUCAUUUGAAAUGGUUUGAAAGACAAUCUAUGGCUGGUGUAGUAAGGCAAAGGAUUAGCGUUGUGCGAAUAUUCGAAAUUUCGAAUAUAUGUUUCGAAUAAUAGACUAUUCAAUAUUCACUUCGAAAAGAACUGCACUAUUCGCGUUUUUCGAAGUGUUGAUUGCGGUGGGUUAGCCCCUUUGAGUGCGCUUCUCUUUGAGAACUGGUGCCGAGAGGAGAAGCAAUACCCACGGAUGCGAGCUCCGUGGGUAUUGCUUCUCUGCAUUACAUCAGUGCUCGGUAAGAAGCGCACUCAACGGGGUAACCCACCGAGAUAAACACUUGGAAAAGUAUGAAUAUCGCAAUUGCGUGCUUGGAAGAAAAGCAUACAUUCAAAGCGGGAUGGUGCAUACGUGCCGGCUGUAUUUGGGAAUAAAUGAAAACUUAGUAAAAGUGCAUAUCUAUAUUGUAGUAAAAGUUCCAAAAUUAAACUGACAGUUAUGCAGGAGUAUAAUACUAUGGUAGGCCGAGAUGCCCUUUCAACCUGCAUUCAACAUGCGCAAUUAUUUCUUUUUUAACUCGAGGUUAAAGAAGGAAUAUUUUAUAUAGCAAGAUUUGUAAAUUCACUCAAUUGGGUAUAGCUGGCCAUCUCUUUGGGAUUCAUUUUUUGUCUAAUUCCUCGUUUAAUUGCCAUCCCAAAACAUGAGACCUUAUGAAGACACAGUUCAAAAAUAUGGAUAAACUUAGCUUAUCAAUGAACAAGUGGAACAACCUUCACAAGUUUAGCUGGGUUUUCGUCUAAGCAUUAUGCAAUGGUAGUGAAAUGCGUGGAAAAACUAUUUGAUAUUCAAAUCGAAAAUAUUCAGCCAAAACCAGUAUUCGCUUCGAACUCAAAAUCCACUAUUCGCACAAGACUACAAAGGAUACAUUAUUUAAUGAGGAGAUGCAGUUCAUAGGACACACAGUUAUGUAAGAAGUUUUAUUUCACAGCAGAAAUUUGUACACUUGUGAAACAAAUUAGAUGCAUAAAAGAAACUCGCAAACAACUCAAUCAAACUAAUAAAUAUGCUAGCUUCAUUCAUCAUGCACAAACGAAGCAAUUCUUUUUUGUUUCUCUCUCGAAGGCACUCUGGUUGGCAUAGUAUGUCUGUGCACUACGCAUGGGAAUCGCCGUCUCCCCACAGCAACUUUCUGGGAAAAAGUGAUGACAAAGAGCUAGAAGUUAUGCCAUUGUAUUUACAGUUUUCUCAUGGCAGCUUUUUUCUACUUAAGGUAAACUUCAUUUCUUAUACUCUGUUAAGCAAGCAAUGCAUACCCUACUUGCACUUUUAAAAGCAUGGUUUCCUUUUCCUUUAAAGACCAGUGGUUUCCAAGCAUUUUGAGUGGAGUGUCACUUGUAUUCUUGGUUCUCUGAAUAUAUUCUAGAUUGUAUUUUAAAAAGCUUAGAAUUAAAUACAGCAAGGGCUACUUCUCGUAGAGUUUGCCCAUACUUCGGUAAAAACAAAAAAUAUCUUGAAAGCAGCUAGCUUGUUAAGCAUAACAAAUUUGAUUCCCCUGCUGUGUUGCAUUUUUAUCUUCAGUUGUGAUACUGGGAUUUUCCUCGCAUCAAGUGAUUAUGCACUUGACCAAUUAAAUCUACACUUAGGGAAACAUAUAUUUUGUAGCCUGUGCAACCCAGUUUGCACUAAUGAAUAUAGUAGAAAAUAAUUAAACACUCGAGCAUCCCUGGAGGUGCAUGCUCCAGAGUUUGAAAACCACUGCUCUAUAGCCUAGAGUGGUCACUGCUUGCAACUCUGUAGUCUUAUAAAUAAAAGUUCUAGCAUUUAUAUCUCUGCAGAAACAUCCUAGAUGCUACAUACACUCGGACACAAAAAAUGAUUUGGUCAUAUUUACAUAUGAACAUUGUUUCAGCUAACUCUUUAACAAUGAGGCCGAUUGAUGCUUAAUUAAUAAACACAAAACUGGGAUGAAAAGAGGGAAAAACAUCUUUGUACUGAAUAACAAUUUGCAAACACUGACAAGCCGAAUGCAAACAAAGUGUUUAUGGGAGGACCUUAGUCUUAAUGUAUAAAAUGUGGCACAUCAUGUUCAGAAAAAAAAAAAAGAUGGUAGCAGACGAAUAUUAGUCAUUUAGUACAAAUGCCUACCUUUAAAAUCCCGAGCAAGCAUCCACUCAUAAUUUGAAGAUAAUCAUGUAAAAUUGGUGAAUGGGCACUCUUUAGGUCUACAAUAUGUAAAGAUAUCUCUUUUCUGUAUUUUCUGAAUGUUACAAAAUUGAGGAGUAGGCGCUUAAAAUAGAAUGGGCGGAUGCUCGGUAUUUUCCGGUUAUCUCCAGAGGCUGUUAGCUCUGUUAAAAUAGUAUUUGCUGCUUUUGUACCCUAAAAAUAUUCAACUGUUUGCUGCCAGUAGGGGACAUGGGUAUCACGAAAAGCAGGUUUCAUAAGUAUGUCAAGGAUUUUCACGCAUGUUUUGGUAGGUGUCUUAGCCUUUGCACAUAUUUGUAAAUAAUGAACUAUGCUAUCAAUCUUAAUUUACAAUACAUUUACACAUAACUGCAGAUAACUAAUGAGACUAUGUAGCUAGUAAUUUAUGCCAAUAAAUUUAUUAUGCCAUACAUACAAAUUGCUCUGAAUGGACUAGAAAGUAGGACCAGAAAAAGUUGUAGUUUGCACAAAUUCUAUUCAGCUUCAUUGCUCAUCUCACCAACAGGGUGUGACCCUUCAUGUUAAAUGUUAGUCAUACUUCCAUUCAUUAGACUAGAAGUUAAAGGCAAACUGCGAUGGAAAAGAAAGUAGCUGGUUAACCUGUGGGUACUGGCAAUUUCAAGCAUUUUCAAAAC